GCGCUGGCGCGGGGGCACAGCAGCUAGCCUGCGACUGCAAGCACAACACAGCCGGACGCGACUGCGAGCGCUGCAAGCCCUUCCACUUCGACCGGCCCUGGGGCCGCGCCACCGCGCGCGACGCCAACGAAUGCAAAGAAUGCAACUGCAACGGGCACGCGCGUCGUUGCCGCUUCAACAUGGAGCUGUACAAGCUGUCGGGUCGCGCGAGCGGCGGCGUGUGCCUCAAGUGUCGGCACUACACCGCCGGCAGACACUGCCACUACUGCCGCGAAGGGUAUUACCGCGACCCCGCUAAACCAAUCACACACAAAAAGGCCUGCAAACCGUGUGAUUGUCACCCGGUGGGUGCAAGUGGCAAAACAUGCAACCAGACAAGCGGGCAGUGUCCCUGCAAGGACGGCGUCACCGGCACAACCUGCAACCGCUGCGCCAAGGGCUACCAGCAAUCUCGUAGCCACAUCGCGCCCUGCAUACGUAUCCCGCGAGUGGUGACGGCGGUGCAGGCGAUGGAGGCGGUGGACGCGGAGCCGGGCCGCGCAGCGGAGCAGUGCGGCCGGUGCCGCGCCGGCGCUCGCACGCUAAAUCUCAACAAGUAUUGCAGCCGAGAUUACGGUGAGAAUGCCCUUUAUUUCAGCUAUCUGUCUGUCUGUCCGGUUUCCCGUUACGUUAAGUAUAGAUUCAGUCUAAACUGUAUGUUUCUGGACAGGUCCUACCUAAUCCUAGGAGUGGAAAAAGAGGGAGCGUCAUCUGGCAUGGCCGGCCUCACGGUCGGAGAGAGAACCCUCCUGUUGGAGUGGCGCGACGACUGGCACAGGCGCAUCCGCCGGCUGCAGCGGCGCGCCGUCAACUGUCACUAACUGACAGCUGCCGCGCGUCGCUCGCCGCCAUCUUGCGAUAGUGGCGCCGCCAUCUUGCGACAGUGGCGCCGCCAUCUCGCGACGGUGGCGCCGCCAAGGAAACCAAUCUAACGAUGUCUUAUUUGAAUUUGUCCGUCUAUAUUCCGUGCAAACUGUGAAUUGAUAAGUAUCGAAUGUUACUGCCAUACGCUAACUUAGAUUUCUCAUUACUUAAUCCAGUUAAAUGUUAACCUAGUCGAGUGUAAGAAUAACUUUAGUGUGUCGAUGGAAAACUUAACUAUUAAACGAAAUUAAAUUUUAAAUGACAGUUCGAUUAUGUCUGACAGUUAUGAAUGUAGAUUAAAAAAAUCUUAAUUAAACUCGGAUUGUUUUCUUUAAACGUUUAAAAUGCCAAAAAACAAAACUCGUGACUUAAUUUUUCCUUCCUAGGAUUUUGUUAGUGAUCAUAUAUGUUCGUCAAUACGGUCAUAUGUUAAUAUUCAAAACAAUAAUUACGGACUUUGUUGACGAAUGUAUAUAAAAAUAUUAUUUAUUAACCUAUCAAUAUUAAACUAGAUUAAGUUUUGUUCCAUUUAAAGCAUUUUGUAUAAUUGUUAGAUUAUUACACACAUAUUGUAAGUACAAUUGGCUUUAUCGCAAAACAUUUGUCAAAAAUAUUUACUGAAAAUACACAUCUUAUAAAAAUAGACACUAAAUAUUGUCGUUUCA